AUGGAUACAAGGAACAAGAAGAAGCGAAGCGUAGUCAAGAACGUGAUCAAGCGGGCAGAACAGAAAAUAGCUUUACCGGUCGUGAUAAAUGCGCCACCACUUGAUGAAGAAGAAGAAGAAGAUGCUGAGGAACUUAACCGGCAAAAGAGAAGGGCAACCGCAGGAUCUCCAUCAACUCUAAGCUUCAGACCUUCUAAUGCUCCACCGCCUCCACCAUCGAAACCGAUGGAGAUAGAACAAGGAAGAGAGCAAAGACUAUAUGAAGCUGCAGAAGAGAGCAAAGACUAUAUGAAGCUGCAAAGGAAGUUAGAAUUCGUCAAAUCGAUACUAGCUCUCAAGCCUGAGUUGGCUAAGGAGCUCGAUUCGCCAAGCUUGACAUUUCUCCAUCUUGCAUCAGCCAAAGGGUACAUAGAGAUCGUGAAAUCUUUGCUACAAGUAAACAAAAACAUGUGUUUUGUACUUGAUCAGAACGGGAUGAAUCCAUUACACUUGUCAGCAACAAAGGGUCGUGUCAAUGUUCUAAGAAAGCUCGUUGAGGCUGAACCGGAGGCAGCUAGGGUCAAACUAGAUGGGGGAGACACAAUCUUGCAUAUUUGUGUGGAGAAUAACAAGAUGGAGGCUUUGGAAAUGUUGGUGCAAAGGGUUGGGGAUAAAGAGUUUUUGAAUUCAUUUGAUGCUCAUGGUAAUACUAUUCUACAUUUGGCUGUCGCUAAUAAGCAACUUGAGAUUGUUAGAUUUUUGGUUGGUAACACCAAUACAGAGGUUACCUCACAAAACUCCAUGGGCCUCACACCAAUUGAUAUUUUAUCUCAUAGUAGAAGACAUGUCAACGACUUGGGCAUUUUCGAGUCUCUCCAAUCUCGGAGAGCAGAAAACAAUCAAGUUAUUGCUCCCCAUAAUUCCCGGCUUCGGAUUAGAUCAACAAACUUAGGAAGGAAAGACAUGAAGCCUCGUAAACCAAGUGACUUAAUGUUGUCUAAGAAACAGAUAAAACGAGAAUGGGUGGAAAGAAAAAGAACUCUUUAA